AUACGCCGAGUAGGAAAGUCGCGUUAUAACGCCCAAGUCUCUAUUGGAAUGGACUUCUGGAGGAGCACAGGCAGUGCCUGAAAUUCAUCCUCCUCAGACUCUCGUGCCUCACGAUGGACCUUGCUGAGCCACGAGUAUUGCGCGAGUCGACACCGGGCGCGCAUCGGCCCUGACGGCUGGGAUCGUGGCCGCCUAGGUGAGUUGGUGGAGGACUGGUCUCGUAGCGCAGCAGAGGCGCGUAGAGAGGCGCAGCAGCUUUGCGGCGUUUAUGUCAAUAGGUGCUGUCGACGCGAAGUGACGUCAUUGAUCUCCCAAAUCGAGGGCUAUCCGGGACAACACCAUGAUUGUACCAGUGACGUUGUGAGCAACACUGCCUUCUAUAUUCUGCCGGAUCAAAGACGCGAAAUCUACACUUUUAGUGAGCUCUUAUCAUCACACAGCAAACAUCAUGGGAGAUACCUCAAUUGCUGCGAACAGGUCCGCCCUGAAGGACUUCAUCGCGUCAAUUGCAACAAUAUCUGGGGAUCUUUCAAAUAUCACAGCGCCUCCCUUUCUUUUGGCUGAGAAUUCGACAGUUGAGAUUCCGCAGUACUGGUGCGAUCAUGCACAUCUGUUUGUCCGACAAGCAUGGGGAGAUACCGAAGAGCAAAGAGCGCUAAAUGUACUGGAGUCGUUCAUGGGUGCUCUUCGCAAUCAGCAAUAUGCCGGAAGGGACGAGAGCGAAGGUGUUAAGAAGCCAUUGAAUGCAUUCUUGGGCGAAUUGUUCAUGGGAAGGUGGGAAGAUGAAGAACUUGGGCAGACGAGACUGGUCUCCGAGCAAGUCAGCCACCACCCGCCCAUUACGGCAUGCUACAUCUGGAAUGACAAGCACGGCGUUAGAGCAGAGGGUUUUACAGAACAAGAAAUCACCUUCUCCGGAAAUGUCAGCAUAAAACAGAAGGGUUACGCCAUAUUACACAUCGACAAGUACAACGAAGACUAUCUCAUGCCCGUCCCAGAUGUCAAGGUCAAAGGAAUCCUGGGCGGCAGGCCAUAUCCAGAGUUGUCAGGUAACUACUCACUUAUAUCAUCGACUGGAUAUGUGUCGCACAUCAAAUUCGAAGGCAAAUCGUUCUUUGGAGGUGGUCAAAAGAAUGGAUUCGAAGCCAAGAUGUUCCAUGUCGACCGCCCAGACGAGACCUUGUACCAGGCCAAAGGAGCCUGGAACGCAGAAUCCACAUUUGAAGAUGCAAGAACAGGAAAGGAGAUCGAGAGACUUAAUUUUGCAACGCUGAAAACCUUACCUUUGCAGAUCGAAGAUACAGCCGAGCAAGAUCCGUGGGAAUCCAGGAGGGCAUGGGGUGAUGUUAUCGCAGCACUAAGGCGAGGUGACAUGAAGACAGCUGCAGAUGCAAAGUCUAUUGUGGAACAGGGGCAACGACAGAUGAGAAAAGAUGAAGCUGCCAAUGGAACGAGCUGGAAGACUCGCUUUUUUAAACCAGUCGACCACGAUGAAGUCUACGAUACUUUGUCCAAGCGCGACCCGAGCUCCUUUACCGUCGAUCGCCAGAGUGGUAUUUGGAAAGUAGACAAAACGGCAAUCCAGACCGCCCAAAAGCCAUAUCACGAAGACUUGCUACCAACAAACGAGCGAACUGGAUCAUCCGGAGGUAGCUUGCGCAACGGCCCUAAUGCAGAUCAGGCACGUUCACAAAGUGAGGCUACGGUGAGCUUUCCCACAAAUGGGAUCUCUCAACAUCCGAAAAAGAUCCAAGUGUCUGGAGAAGAAGCGCCGGUCAAGCAUCAUGCUAAUCCUCCCGCGCACGCGGAUCUGCCGAGGCGGCCCAAUGCCGAACCAUCAAACAUAAGAACGCCCGAGACUUCAGCAGAAGGCCCGACUGACGCGCAGGUCGAAGAGUUCCUACGCAACAAGUACAGCGCGAGUUAAUGAUGAUCCGGAUCGUACUCCGACAUCUGAGUCAUGUACUUGGGUGGGACGAGUUCAAUGAGGUGGAUUGAGUGGUUGAUUAAUUAAUGCCUAUUAUACGC